UUUAAUUAAUUUUUGUAUUCACACAUUAAACAAAAAUAAUUAUUUCACACAUAAAUACUAAUGAAGAGCUAGGUCAAAAAGGCAAAAAAGCUUUAGAAAAGAUGUGAAAAUAUAAAUAAACUCUUUUAAGAUGUAGAAAUCAAGUAUAAUUAUUGCAAUUUAAAAGCUUAUGCAAGAAAAAUGCUACAGCCAAUGCUAAAUUAGCAAUAAGAGUUUGUUAAGCAAAAACAUCAAAGAGUUUAUGGAGCUACUAAAAUUAUAAAUCUUCCUUGGUAAACACAAGAAUUAUCUAACGAGGAUUCUAAUUCAGCCAGUUUAGAAAACUCUUUUUCAAACUAGCAAGAAUAGCAAAUUGAUGAUACAAAAUAAAAAAUUAAGAGGGCUUUCAAAAAAAGAUUGAAUUAUUCUCUUAAUGAAGUUAUUUAAAAGGAAGAGAUUCUUCAAAGCUAGAAGCAAUAAAUAUAAAUAGAUGAAUAAUUUGAAGAAGAAGAGGAAGAUUUUAAAACAAAUCUACUUGAAGAGUGCAGUGGAUGUUCUAUGAAGCAAUCAACCAAAGAAGUUUAAUAGAAGGUUACCUUUUAUGAAAAGAAUGUCAAAAAAGACUUAAAGACACUUCCGAAGCUGAUUGAAGAGAAUCUAUUAGUUUAAAGGAUUACAUCUCUAAAUCUUUUAACUUAAGAACUGAAAAAAGCCAGAGGAGAAAGUUAGUAAAGAAUAUAAAGAUAUUUAAUAGAAGACUACAUAGACUACUUAAAGAGAAAAUAGGAUGAGGAUUAAGAAAAUAGCUUUGGCAUCACUAAUAACUAAACAAUUGAAAAUACAAAAUAAUAAACUCAAUAUUAAAGAAUUUUACCAGAAAUUUUCAAAUAGAAAGAAAGCCCUUAAAAAUCAAAUAAACCAUCCACUUCAAAUAAAAGUACAAAGAAUAAAAAACACUUUAUUGAUGUUGAUAAUGAAGAUAAUCCUUUUUAAGAAUAUUUUUUAUCUAAAAUCCCUAAAUAGCAAUCUUAAAAUUCUAAAUAUAACUCAAACAUAAAAAACAAAGAAGCUGAUGAAAAUCCUUAAGACUUUCAUAAAAAAACUAAUAAAACUUAGUAAGAAGAAAAUUAAAAUACAGCCAAUAAUGACAAAGAUGAAACAACUGUCAUUUCUCAUAAAGCAAGCUAUCAUCAUCAUCAACACCAACAAUAACAACAAUAAUAAUAACUUUAACAGCAACAAUAGUAAAACAAUAGUAUAGAAAUAUAUGGAUUGAAUCAAAAUAAUAGUGAUAUCUAAAAUUAGAAGUUUGAAAUUUAUAAAAAAUAAUAUGAAAAUGAUCCUUAAUAAAGCUAAUAAAAAAGGGUUUUUAAUUUUGAUCGCAUGAAUUAAAUUUUUUAGCUAAAAAGAGUGAUUAAUCCAAUAAAAUUUAACUCAAAAGCUGCGGAUGCUGAAAAAAAUAAGCAAGAAUUGUCAUUAAUCAAUUAAAAAUAUAAAUAAGAUGCUAAGUUAUACCAGUAAAAGUCUUUGUCUCAUAACAGUUCUUAAUAAAAUUUACUUGUUGGGAGCACAGCAAAUAACUCAUAUAUUUCAAAUUUAAGUAGAGAUCAAAUCAAAUCCAAUAGCAACUCUUACAAUUCAAAUAGCCAAUUUUUAUGGUCGAAAAGGAGGGAUUUUGUUGAUUCAAAAGGAGGAGCUUUUGGAUUGCUUAAUUAAUCAGCAUUAAAUUUGAAUAAAUCAAGCAUAAUUUAAAAGAAAUUUAACUUGCCUAAAGAGUUUCCUGUGCCAGACUUUGUCAAAAAAAUAAAAAAUUUGAUAAUAGAGGUGGAAUAAUUAGGAGAUAACCCAUUAACAGGUGACUAAACAAUUGAAUUAGCAAAUAUUCUCUCUCUUAUUUCUAUGCAAAAAGAAGCAAUUAAUUGUACUGGAAAAACGGUAACAGAUUAUUAAUUUAAUAUGCAGAAAGAGCACUUUAUAGUCCCUCAAAAAUCAAGAGAAAAUCAACUAAAUGUAAACUCAAACUCUUCUCCUGUAUAUGGGUCAAUAGCUAUGCUCGAUAAAAUAUAUUAAAUAAAUCUUCCUAGUAUUUACAUUCUUCAAGGACCUGGAAAGGAUUUAGACAAAAUCAAAUGA